AUGUUCGCUCCAGCUCGCUCGAACGUUCCGGUGAUCAACGCGCGCACCAAUGCGCGUCGUUCCACGUCGCGCGCGCGCGUGACGACGACGACUCGCGCGUCGGCGUCGGCGAACGACGAACACCUCGACCGUCGCGCGGCGCUCUUCGGACUGUCUACCGCCGCACUCGCGUCCGCGUUCGGUGUGCCGCUCGGUGCGAUCGCGGAUGAAGAAGAAAAGGCCAAGAAAGUGGUCGCCGUACCGUACACCAAGUACGUUGUCCAGAAGGAAUCGAGUGAAGAAGCGAUCGCCAUCGCGAAGCAGUUGAAGGAGGCGGGGGCGCGUCUGUACGGGGCGUUUUGGUGCGAAAACUGCAACAAGCAAAAGGAACUGUUGGGAAAAGAAGCGAUGGAGUACAUCGAUUACGUUGAAUGCUUCCCGAACGGAGUCUACCAAAACGCCGAAGGGCACGAAGAUGUGAUCAAGCCAGACGGGAUUUGCACCGGAUACACGAGCGCGUGGCCACUCUGGGUCGUGCCGAAGGGCGAAGACGACGAAAUCGGUAUUCAAGGUCAGAUCAAGAAGCCGCGCGAGUUGCAACGAUUGAUCAAGGAAGCGAAGGGUGAGAAGUUCGACGCGCUUAAGUACUUUACCACGCUCGAAAUGGAGUAG